CUUGGGCUAUUCUUUCAGUCGGAUAGCAUCCAUUAAUUGAUCAAUACAGCGGUUCGCGAUAAUGUUAUGUUCAUUUAUAUCUAUGUACAAAAAAAUAAAGUUUUGUGUCCCCAAAAUGAUUGUAUGAAUUAAUAACAAAAGAAAAAUAACAAACCUUCCUGCCGAAUCAUAGUUUUUUGUGUUUUAAUUGUUUACUGUGCAUGUUUGUUAAUAAAACAAAAAAAUAAAAUAUCUACAUUCCUAAUAAGAAAAAUUAUAUCUGAAUUGAAUUUUAAAUGUUUCAUUUUGUGUUAUUUGUGAUUUUUGCCGACGGCGACAGCCAUCAUAGCAUUUCGGUUUGUAAAAGUUAAUUUAAAUUUUUCAUUGAUGAACGCCAUCAACAAUGAAUUCAAAUGAACAACAAACAAACGGUGAAUUGAUUUUAAAAACCGAAGAAUACGAUAUUGACGACACCGGACAACCAUUAUCGCCUUAUCAAACGUCGUCAUCACCACCACCAGCAGCAUCCUUUAAUUGUGUUCAGUCUUUAGCGAGUGCAAAUCGCCUUGUGAAUUUAAAUAAUAAUUUAUCGAUAAAUUGUAACAACAAAGUCCCUUUGAAUAUAUCACCAAAGUUAGAACCGACUUAUAACUGUCAUCCUCCGCCGCCGCCAUCUUCACCCUCCCCAUUAGACAGGAUGCCUAUCGCAGCAUCAAUUGACAUGCAAUCAGCGGCAGGAACAACGCCUGGCCAGCAUUCAAUGUCGCCAUCUCUGCCGCCGCAACAAACGACAAAUGGAAAUAACUCAAACGACCAACUUUCAAAUACUCGCCGAAUGACAUCGAUUUUAGGUGGCUACGGCUUGGUUCCACCGAGUAUCCUAGGACCACUUGAACACUAUCGUUUGCAGCUUUACAGCUAUGCCAUGAACGUUGAACGAUUGCGUGCAGGGCCUCAACAGCAAUAUCCGGGACCACUGUAUUCGUCGGGCUAUCCGGGUUCAGCAGGAGGCCCCGUCGGAAGCGGACCUUAUAUCCCAACUAGAUUUGCCCUCUCAAUGGGACUGUUUCCUAAUCGAAUGUUUCAACCUGAGGAACCCAAACCACAGCACAGUUACAUUGGUUUGAUAGCAAUGGCAAUUCUCAGCUCACCCGAGUCCAAACUAGUCCUGUCGGACAUCUAUCAAUAUAUUCUCGAUAACUAUCCCUAUUUUCGAAGUAGAGGUCCUGGUUGGCGGAAUUCGAUACGCCAUAAUCUGUCAUUGAAUGAUUGUUUCAUUAAGGCUGGUCGUAGUGCAAAUGGUAAGGGGCACUAUUGGGCAGUUCAUCCGGCGAAUUUGGAUGAUUUUCGGAAGGGUGAUUUCCGUCGGCGCAAGGCUCAACGGAAGGUUCGUAAGCAUAUGGGUCUAGCAGUCGAUGAUGAAGGCACUGAUUCGCCGAGUCCACCACCGCUAGCAAUAACUCCACCGCCAAUGGCACCACCAACGCAUCCGGGAGUUUUGUUGGUGGGAAAUAGCCCGUACGGAAAUGUCCAUCAUUCAAAUCCUCAGCGUUAUCCGAAUCCCCUGACAUCCGUUAUCAUAAGUGGCGGAGUAAGUGAGACAUCUCAGACGACAACAACAGCCGCCGGAGUCAUAGCCAAUCUUUACUCACAAACCAGAAAACGCCAGUUUGAUGUGGCGUCGCUUUUGGCGCCCGACGACACUCCCGACCAUCAUCAGUACCAUCAUUUCCACCAUCAUAAUCUUCAUCAACAAUCACAGUAUAAAGGUCACCACCUGUCCUUGAUGAGCAAGCAGCGAAUUCCACUCACCGAAGACGAAGACAUCGAUGUUGUGGCUAGCGAUGUUGACGACGAACAGGAACACAUCCUCCGAGUUGAUGAAGAAUCAUAUCAUCAUCGUUCCCUAAGCAACAACAACAACAGUCACAAUCAUUCCAACCAUCAACAAGUCAGCAAUCAAUCCAAAGAUGCUGCGGGUUCUUCGUCCUUUAGCCCACCACUGGAUUUCAACAAUCGACCUGUUUAUCAACAGAAUUCGACCAGUCCCCACAAUCAUACUUCCGAAACAUCCUCCGCUGACAUUCAAAGCAAUAACAAUCAAAACUCCACUGCAGCCCAAUGGCAAGGACUAAUGCAACACUGGCCCAAUGAGUUUGGUACAGCGGCCGCAGCAGCUGCCGCCGCUGCAACCAUGGAUCCGCGAAUAUUCGGGCGUUACUAUAGUCAAUGCAUGGCGGCGGCAGCAGCGCGUCGUGUAGUUGGAGUUUUUCCGGCAGCAGCUGCCGCCGCCGCAGCAGCAGCUGUAAUUGGACAUCAGAAUCAAAAUUCAGCAAAUAAACAACAAUCAAACACUGCGGGGCAGCACCAUGUACCAACGUUACAACAAAAACAACAACAACAGCAGACCUAUGAGUGUUAAUCGAAUUUAAGUAUAACAAAAUUUAUAUCAUAAAGCUUUGUUUGCCAAUAAUUACUUAUUUAUUUUUCUAUUUAAAAAAAAAACAAUUACUUCAUUUGACAGAUAAAAUUAUUGUUUACAUAUUGACUGUCAAUUUUUAUUUAAAUCUACUUAAAUAUCGACUGUUGGUUUAUCAUUUACUGCAGUAGUUCAAUACAAUGGACACAAUUUUAUUGAUUUUACUUAAAAGUUUAGUCGACCGUUAGUAAUUAGUUUCUUUUUCCCUGACAGAUGAAUCUAAUAUUAAAUUUAAUAUAAAUUAAAAUAUUGUGUCGGCAGGGUUUCCUUUUCUUAUUGACCGUCCAGUUUUUAUCCUGAAAAGAAUUUGAAAAAAAACCUCUCAUUUCGACACAAACCAUUAGGAGACUUCUUGACGACCAAAAAAAAGCGACUUAGAUGCUAAAUACUGCAAAUGGAACUGUCAAAUAUUAACUGACUGAGGAAUAACACAAAUCACAUACAAAUUAUUUAAACACUUUCAUUAAAAUUAUCUUUUCAAGGCUUAAGGAUUUCGGUUAAAAUUUUGUUUUAAGCACAAAUAAUAAUUUGUGAUACUGACCGACAAAACUACAUUUUUUUUCUGUUGCACAAACAAAAUAAUACCUUUUCAAAGGAUUAAGAUGUCCUUAAUUCGAAUCCUGACUAUAAUUUUUUUUUUAAAUAUACCGCUUUAAAAAUGUUAAAAACAAUCAAGCUAUAAGUUUAAACUCAAAAUAUCUCUUAACAAUAUGAUGAUUUUCCAAAGUGCAAAUCUUUCUCUUUGAGAUACAAUUUGAAGCAUUUUAGUAUCUUACUUAGUUUUUUGAAAUUCUCAUUAGUUAUUUGAAUAUAUAUGAAGUUUCGAAAAAACUUGAAUUUGAUACUUUAAUGUACAUAUUUAGAAAAUACGUUUUGCACUUUAUUUUAAGUGCAAAUUUUAAAACCAAACUUUAAUUUUAACUGACCAAGUCUUAAGAAUAUCCGUUUUUAAUACUAUUUUUAUAUCUCAAUAUUGAUAUCUCAAAAACCGAACGUGAUACAUAAAUUGUGAAGUGUGAUUUAAAUUAAGGCCGUCAAAUCCCAUUGGGAAAGUGCAAUCUCAUUGCCAGUAAGAAAACCGUGUCGACCAGUGUUGUAAUCAUAUGAUCAUUUGUGAUUUAAGCUUAGUCCUUUAGUGUAUAGUUUUGGUUGAAUUAAUCAAGUCAAUUUCUUAACUCCAGUAUUGUUUUUGGAAUGUUAUAAAAUGCAAGUUCUAUAAAAACAAAAUCUAGUUCGUGCGUUAAGAACAAUUUAACGAGGUUUCAUCACCCAGAAUUGCAUAAAUUCUAGAAUAUGGUUUAGUGAGUAGUGCAAACUGUUAAGUGUUUUUACAAUUACAAACAUUUAAUUAAAAGGAAUGAUUUGAUUAAUAUUUUGUUCACUAUAUUGUUGUAAAUUAUAAUUAAUUGCUGUUAAAUUUGUUCUCGUAGUGUAAAUAUAAAAACGCAUUUAGAACUUAGAAAAAUUUCGAUUUGUUCUGGAGGAUAAAACGCCUUGAGAUUUCCUUCAUUCUGAUUUCCUUUCAAAAUUUGAAAUCGAAUAAUUCUUUGCUUUGUAUACGGAAAGAUAUUGAGUAGAUAAUUGUAAUUGUUUGCAAAACUUGACCUUAUAUUAAAAUUUUUACUAUGCAAAAAUCUGGUUGAAAAUAUUGGUGAUAUUUUGAACUUUUUUCCAAAUUUUUUUAAUUUACAACUUUUUAUUUUUUGUAACAUUCCAAACUUCUUCCGUCAAUGCAAAAGCCUUUCGGGAUCUUUUUCUUGGAAGUUCUGUUUCUACAAAGAAUAACAUUUUGCAUCUAAAAUUGAAAUUAAAAUUAAAAAUUGUAAUCAAAUAUUUAUUUACUUAAACAAAAAACUCAACAGUGGACAUUUUUUGUAUCCUUUUUAAAAGUGGUUUUUGUAAAAACAUUUAAUUGUUGGUUUUGCGAUGGCUUUAAAGAUAACCAUAAAGGGCCUUGCACAUGAGAGCAGACAACGAAUGAACGAAUGGACGAACAAACGUGAUUUUACACAUUUUAAAAAGUUAAUUUCAAACAAAAACACAUUUAAAUUAUAAGAAACCAAUUGGCAAUAAUGUUAGGAUAGUAAUAUUUGUAUUUUGUUCUCUAAAAUAAGUAUACUUUAUAAAAACAAUUUUGUAGUAACGAAUUGCACUGAGGUUGCUACGAACUGUCAAACUCUAUUCGCGUUCCACAUACCAUCCACACUGCAAGGAAUAAAUUGUUCGCGCUCAACAUAACCUCAAAAUUAUUCCACUCUUGUUUUGUUUUUAUGUGAAAGAUCAUGGCUAUAGAAAUAAAGCCCAUGUGAAAAAAUUCAAAAUAUGCGAACAUCCACAGUUCGUAGUUCGUCGCUCAUGUGCAAGAUGCUUAAAACAGUAUCCCAUGAGCACGGCCAAAGACCAACGAUUGAACGAAUAUUCGUCGAUUUUGACAUUUCUUUCACAUGAGAGUUUUUAAUUCGUCGCGAAUGAAGUUUGACUGUGACAAUUGUUUUUUGUUUGUGUUUUGUUUUGCAAACAAACGAUUGAGAAAAUGCGGUCGAAGCUUUAUUUGUUUAAAAAAAGUUAUUGGUGUCCUUUUUAAUAAACAAAACAAGAAAAAGAUUCCACGUGCAUCCAUUUAACUCAAAUCGGAAAACUGAAAAAGAAUAUGUUUACUUUAUUAGACACCACAUUCACCACUGAAACCAAAAUAAGAAUGAUUUUUUUGUAGGUUAAGUACGCGCGAUUAUUUCAUUCGUUGCGAUUGUGGAUAAUGUGGAACGCGAAAAAAGUUUGACAGUUCGUAUCAACUACAAUUUUUUCGCGACCAAUAAAUUUGUUUUCUUAAAUGUAUUAAUAUAUGAUAGUGAAAAGUAAAAGUAUAUGCAUCAUAAAUCAAAUAGGAACUAUAAUGCUAUCGUUUUGUUAAGAAUUUGUGUGGAAUAAUGUCUUCAAACUUAUAUAAACUCAAAUUUUGUAAUUCAUUCGUCGUUUGUUGGUCGCGCUCAUGUGAAUACUACUUAAGUUCACAGAAAACUUGAAUAAUAUACAAGUAUUCAAUUGUUUCAACCAACAACGUACUACAACGUACUACAUUCCUCACUUCAGGCAACGUCACAAUGCAGUAUUUCGUCACCUAAUUUAACUUUUUCAUUUAAUAUUUCGUCUAUCGAGAAUUUUACUAUUUUAACUUAGGCUUUUCUAAGAUAUUUUAUUUUUCACAACUUGGUAGAAAAUCUUUUUUUGUACCUAUGUCCUACUACUAGUUUCACUUUCAUUUAUUUAAAAAAAAAAAGCAACACAAAAAUGUCGAAUUAUUGUAAAAUGUAAAUCUCCGUUAAAAUUAAUUAUAGGCUUUUUAAUUUAUGUUUAAACUUUAAAUGAUAUAAUAGAGAAAAACCAAUAAAUUGUAAAAAAAAUCAUAAAUUAUUAAACAAAAUAAUAAAAUUUAGUUUUAAUUUUUGCAAAUAAAGAAAAAUAUUAUA